GCUUCAAAUUCAACAGAGAGUUGACAAGCAGAGCAGAUUAAUUGGUUUACUAAACAAAAAAUACAAGGAGAGUGAGAGAGACGAUUAAAAGGAAUGAUAACAGCAAGGCGAAAAAGAGAUUGAUUGUGGCGCUGGACACAGAUUGCAGCAGUUAAGAUUUAAAAUGUUGUAUUUUUACGUUUAAGAGCUCGCUGCAUUGAAAGAUACCAUCCGUAACUCGAAGCAGAAAUGUUCGGCAAAAACUAAGACUAAAAAAAAAGACGGUGAACUAGAAAUCAAAGCCAUACCAACGCCAAAUUAACAAUACGAGCACAGGAGUGCAGCAGUGCAAUUUAAGACUGAGUUGGAUUUGCACUUGAAGAGAGGAGUGAGACGCACGUAGCAUUCACAUCAGUGGGAUUAGCCACAUGGACACACAAGUGGCGAGCUAGUAACAAAAAUGUUUUAAAAUAGCAUCACAAGUUUAAAGCAACAUUAUGUUCAACGGGAUUGAACACAAGCUCAUCACUGACAAAUGCUAGACUUGAUUAAAAAAAAAAACGAUAAACGUUGGAUACAAACAAUAGAAACGCGUUAAAUGCGAAUAGCCACAUCACGGUUAUAAAAUAUAGAGGUUAUAUAUUUUUUCACACCGGUCUAUUCUUCUACCAAGAAGUUGACAGGAAUCAAUAAGGAGCUUUCCAGAGAGAGAGAAUUACAAUUGUUCAUAAACUACAGAUCUCUUGAAAGAAAACGAAGACCACAGACUCGGUUCUGUGCAGAUUUCAAACUCAGUACACCGAUUUGUUGUUAAACUAAGGGGUCAGUUUGUGGGUUUGUUUGUGUGGGAAAGAAAUGCAACAGAUCGGAGGAAAGAGGGUCCUGCUGCUUUGUGCCGUCUUCUUCAUAUUUUAUCUUGCUUUGGUCAAGGGGUUCCCCGUUAAAACGCAUAAAAACAGCACCCCUAAGGUCAGAAGCAACACGUUUAUGGAGGUUAAAGGCCAAACAGCCUCCACAGAGUCCCAGCGAGCGUUGGAAAUAAUGCAGCAGAACAACCAGGUUAAGAGCUGGAAGAGGAGCCUUCCACGCCGUCACAAGCGCAGGUGGUCCCAGCAGCAGCGAGUGGGCGGGAUCCAGAGUCAGUCCAAGGCUGACCUGGAGGAAACCAACCCCUUUGUUCUGGAUCUCAAGAAUUUUCCAGGUCUAGCUAAUGCAGACCUCGACUCUCAAAACCCAAACAUUCAGCGGGGGAAAGUUUCUAUAUCGAGGGAAACCAGUCUGAACUCCAUGGUACUCCAAAAACACCCUCAAGCCGAGUUUGAGAUGGAUCUACAUAAAGGAAGCCGGAAUGACUGGUCCUUGUCCUCCGCUGACUGGCUGGAUAAAAAGGAAGUGUUCUGGCCCUUGUUCUGGGGAUACCCUGACUCCUCUGAGGACGGUACUGGAAGAAUGAGCACCGAGGAUUACCCUGUGGAGUAUGACAGCGAAGAAUCGGUACUGAGUGGAGUAGGAGACUGGGACAGAAGAUGGCCAGUACACAAGGGCUGGGGCUCCAAGGACAACUAUGAGUAUGAAGAAGAGGAGGAGUGGAGUGCCUGGUCCCCCUGCAGCGCGACAUGUGGCACUGGGAACCAGAAGCGCACACGAUCAUGUGGUUAUGCCUGCACUGCGACAGAGUCCAGAACUUGCGACCUGAUCCGCUGUCCAGGAAUUGAAGAUGACAUGAAUGCUGUAACAGAUUUCAUGCCGUAUGAAACAGAAAACGGCACAGAACUGUUUGAUGCAGAUGUCGACAGCUGUGAAAAGUGGCUCAACUGCAAAAGUGACUUCUUAAAGAAGUACCUUCACCAAGUGCUGACAGAGCUGCCCAGCUGCCCAUGCAGUUACCCAUCAGAAGCUGUCUACAGCACAGUUAACAUCUUCGACAAUAAGCAAGGGAAGACCUACCGAUGGCGGGAUGCAAGCGGCCCCAAAGAACGACUGGAUAUUUACAAACCCACGGCCAGGUUCUGUGUGCGCUCCAUGCUGUCCCUGGACAGCACCACUCUGGCUGCACAGCACUGCUGCUACACUGGUGAGAUGAGACUGAUCACCAGGGGGAAGGGUGCAGGCGCUCCCAAUCUUAUCAGCACAGAGUUCUCACCUGAGCUGCAUUACAAAGUGGAUGUGUUACCAUGGAUUUUGUGCAAAGGGGAUUGGAGCAGGUUUCAUGCAGUACGGCCACCCAACAAUGGGAUGGAGUGUGCUGAAAACCCUCCAGAGGAGGUUUACAUGAACGAGCUGGAGGAGGCAAGGGAAUAUUAAAUUGUAACACACAAAGGGAACUAUUCCAUAAGCCAGGUUCCAUACUGUUGCACAACUUCAAAUCUCCAAAUGUAGCCACCAACUCCAGCAUGGAAAUCAACAUAUUUUUAUUAAUCGUGGAAUGGUGAUUCGUGUGUGUGUGUGUAUGUAUGUAUGUAUGUAUGUGUAUAAGUAUAACUCCAGGUCUUACUAAUGGAAUUGCAUUGGUUCACGUUACUAUCCAGACCUUGAUUUUCCUGCAGUCCAUUGAAGAUAAUGGUUGAUAUGACAGUAUUUAUUUUUCUAAAGUAAUAGACUUGUAAGACUGGAAACUAGAUGUGUUACCGUAGCCACUGGUCAGGGAAAUUGGUUAGAAGUUAAUUUUGAAACAUUUCAAACCGUUAACAGACAAACAGCAGUAGCAACUAAAACUGCUACAUUUCUUCACAGAUUGUUUGCUGCUACAAAGUGACCUUGGAUUCUUGGAGUGAAAAGUAGUAGCAUGUUGUUAGAUUGACACCAUUGGUAAAAGUAGACACUUGGCAAAGAGUUCCUUGUUUCAGUUUCUAAGACAUAAGCUCUUACUGGCACAUCUCCUAUCCAAAAUAAGUUAAAACCGAUCAUAAGCAGAUACUUCACACCAUAAUGUCUACAUAUAUGUCCUUUCCAUCUUUUAAAAGGGCAAAAAGCUACCCCUUGGGUAAUCUAUCCUGUUCUAUUGGCUUCUUGCAUUCGUAGAGGUAACCAGGCAGUCAUAUCCAGACGGUAGUUUAUAUAUAAUUUUCCUUGCACUCAGUUUAUUCUUCAUGUUAAAUCCUGGCUCAAAUUAGUAAUAUCAUAAUAGCACAAAACACGUGUGAAAUGCAGCAGAAUUCAGGUACCUUCAAAAAAAGUACUAUUCCACAGCUGGUGCAGAUGCCUACAGAAUAGCCUUAAAGGAACAUUACAUGUUCUUGUGAAUUCUCCUGUUUUUCUUUAUUAACAAAGAAUGAACCGUUACUUACUAGUUCAUGCAAAUUUGCAUGAACCUCAAGUAACUGCGAUUGACAAAACAAACCUUGUAUAACACUUGUCAUUUACUUGGCCUUAGGGCCAUAUUAAAUAUUUGGAUAUCAUAAGUCUAAUAUUGUACUCUACUGUUUUUUUUUUGUUUGUUUUUUUUUUU